CUUCAGCAGGCCGCAGGCAACGUCAAGUGAUAUGCCUUAAUAUUUGGUUUGUUAGCAUCUUGUUGAUGUUAUUGUUUUGAUUCCAAACGGCAGUGUUACUGUGUAUUCAUGUUCAUAUAUUGUAAAUACUAAAUGUUACUAUACAUGGUGCUAGUCCUAUGAGACCGACAGGGACACAAUGCAGACAUUCUUCAGUCCUCAAACUCAGAUGCAAUGCAGCUACUCAUCCUCAACAUAAUUUCAAUAUCGAUCAAUUUGAGGAAAUUGGCAUAGAAGUCACGAAGAAAGUGAGAGCUUUCUAUUGGUUUUGUCGGCCCCACACAAUCAUUGGCACUAUACUAGGCAUUACUUCAGUGUCCCUCCUACCAAUGAAGAGCAUAGAUGAUUUAAGUGUGACAGUUCUAUGGGGAUUUCUUGAGGCUUUAGCCUCCUCUUUAUGCAUGAACAUUUAUGUAGUGGGGCUGAAUCAGUUGUUUGACAUUGAAAUUGACAAGGUCAACAAGCCAACUCUCCCAUUGGCUUCUGGAGAGUUUUCAAUGAGAACUGGAGUAUCAUUAGUUGUGGCAUUCUUGGUCAUGAGCAUUAGCAUUGGAAUAAGAUCCAAAUCUGCUCCAUUGAUGUGUGCCUUGCUUGUCAGCUUCCUUCUUGGAAGUGCCUACUCUAUAGAUGUUCCAUUGCUCAGGUGGAAGCGACAUCCCUUUCUCGCUGCAUCCUGCAUACUUGUUGUGAGGGCUAUAUUGGUUCAAUUAGCUUUCUUUACACACAUGCAGCAACAUAUUCUGAAGAGGCCCUUCGCGCCAACAAGGUCGGUGGUGUUUGCAACAUUGUUUAUGUGUUGCUUCUCUGCAGUAAUAGCUUUAUUCAAGGAUAUCCCUGAUGUUGAUGGAGAUAGAGAUUUCGGCAUUCAAUCUUUGAGUGUACGGUUAGGUCAACAGAAAGUGUAUAGGCUCUGCAUUAAUAUGCUCAUGACAGCAUAUACAGCUGCAAUUUUGGUAGGAGCAUCAUCUCCAAAUCUGUAUCAAAAGAUUGCCACUGUGUUUGGUCAUGGCUUGCUCGCUUUUGUGCUUUGGCAGAGAGCACGACAAUUUGACAUCACAAAUAAGACAUGCAUCACGCCAUUUUACAUGUUCAUUUGGAAGUUAUUCUACGCCGAGUAUUUCCUCAUACCAUUUAUUUAGUAAGAAUCAUGCCAGGGAAACUACCAUCUGGCAUAGAUAUGUAAAAUUCAUUUGCGGGGCUUAUUAUUAAUGAUACUCCUCUAUUCGAUGCGUAUGCAUCAUCUGUUAUGUAAGUGUAAAUGUACAAAAUGGAGGCAUUUCACUCUGUGGAGUGGGAUUAUUGUGGACAUAUGACUAAUCCACGAGUCUUGGCUGUC